UCAUGUUAAUGUUUGAUUAUUAUUCUGUGGUCAACACUUGUCUAUAGUAUAAGAUCAGUUUCUUACUUUUCUUGUUUUCUACUUUCAUUUGGAGAAACAUUCUAUUUUCAAUCAUAAUAGCUUUUCGUUGAUAUAUAGUGGUUGAAGUUUCAACGGCAUUGUUGUGGCAGCUUAGGCCUGCAUAUAUAGCCAAGAGACACCUUACCUGCUCAUAACCCCAAUCCUGUUCAUAGUUCUGUGACCAACCCAGAUCACAACAGUUUAAUCUUUUUUUUGGUGCACUUUUUUGCAAACAUGAUUAAUUCUCAAGGCCGACUGCAGGAGGGGUUUCCAGGAGCAAGUUCGUCCUUUUCGGGCAUGUCGUCAUCUUUGAAAAUCCCUCCCCCUCGACCAAUGGAGGGACUCCAAGAAACAGGUCCUCCACCGUUCCUUACCAAAACCUAUGACAUCGUCGACGAUCAGACCACUGAUCAUAUUGUUUCUUGGAGUGGAGGGAACAACAGCUUUGUUGUUUGGGAUCCCCAGGCCUUUUCCACCAGUCUUCUCCCCAAAUAUUUCAAGCACAACAAUUUCUCAAGCUUUGUCCGACAGCUCAACACCUAUGGCUUUAGGAAGGUUGAUCCAGAUAGGUGGGAGUUUGCCAAUGAAGGGUUUCUUAGAGGACGAAAGCAUCUUCUAAAGAGUAUUAGGAGGAGGAAAACGCCUCAACCUCAGGCUUCACAGCAGGCUCUGGACACUUGUAUUGAAGUUGGACGGUUUGGAUUAGAAGGAGAAGUUGAUUGGUUGAGGCGUGACAAGCAGGUUCUAAUGGCAGAACUGGUGAAGCUUAGACAGCAGGAACAGGAUAAUAGAACUUACCUCCAAGCAAUGGAGGAUAGACUUACAAAGACAGAACUGAAACAGAAACAGACGAUGAGUUUCCUGGCAAGAGCAAUGCAGAACCCCAACUUUAUAAAACAACUAGUUCAGCAGAAGGACACCCGGAAAGAGCUAGAGGAAGCGACAACUAAGAAGAGAAGACGACGUCUUGAUCAAGGGCCUCUUAACCUUGAAGUUGACGAAUUAGGCCAAGGUGGAGAAAGCUUUGUUAAAGUUGAGCCUCAGGAUCAUGGUGACAUGUCCGAAUUUGAAGUUUCAGUGCUGGACAGACUUGUUAUGAACGUGCAGGGACCAUGUACUGGCCGAAGCCAAUUAGAGAACCCAGAAGAAGAACUUAUAGAGGAAGGAGAGAAACAUGAAAGGAGAGAUAAGGACCUUGACGAGGGAUACUUCUGGGAAACUUUGUUGAAUGAUGGUUGUAUCGAAGAAGAAAUUGGCAUAGCGGGUGUUGAAGAAGAAGAUGAAGAAGAAGUGGAUGUGUUGGCUGAGCAGCUUGGUUACCUGGCCUCUAGUCCUAAAUAGAGAAGAACCACCCUUUGUUUUGGUUUUCCACUUGUAUUAAUGCUUCAAUUAUGAGCUAGGUGGGACUUCCUACACUAUUUUGACUGCCCAAUUAUCUGUUUCUUUAUUUGUUUUUGUUGUUGUUUCUUUAUUUUCAUGAUCAGUUAAUCUGGGUGAUCUUCUUGAUGUCAAAACCCGGCCAUGCAAGGAACAAGCUAGCUGAAAUACAUGAACCAUAUGCAUGCAUGUGUAUUACUCAAACGGAGUAAUUAGCAGAUCAUCUACAAGAUACAAUUAAUAUUGUCACAGCAACAUUACAUGCUGUGGCAUUACUCGCAUUUUAUCUCAUCUAG